AUGGUAGUUGAUAUCCCAGGGCUGGAAGACGGCACCGUUGCCGAGCUUUUAAAAGCUGAAGAUGAAGAUGCAGAUCCGGACCCCGAUCCCGACGACGAGGACGAGCUUUUACCCAGGGACAAUGCUGCUACCGAGGAUGUGACAUUGCUAGACAAAGAGCUGAUCAUCGAGGGCGCACUGACACCAGACGGCGGGCUUAUCGAUGAAGAGUUCGAAAUCAAGGCACUCGUCGAGGAGUUUGCGGAACUGGCGGGCAACGUUGGGAUCGAGCUUCCAUUACCGACAAGGGAAGGAGCGUUGGCAGACGAACCAAUCGACUGGGACGAAGAAUUGGAGCCUGAGAAACCAGUACUCUGGGUAGUUACCACGCUUGUUGAGGAAAAGUUGGAGCCUGUGGGGCCAGUACUCCGGGUGGUUAUCACGCUUGUUGAGGAAGUAUUGGAGCCUGUGAGGCCAGUACUCUGGGUGGGAACCGCGCUUGUCGAGGAAGAACUGGAGCCUGUGGGGCCAGUACUCUGGCUAGUUACCACGCUUGUUGAGGAAGAACUGGAGCCUGUGGGGCCAGUACUCUGGCUAGUUACCACGCUUGUUGAGAAAGAACUGGACCCUGUGGGGCCAGUACUCUGGCUAGUUACCACGCUUGUUGAGAAAGAACUGAAGCCUGUGGGGCCAGUACUCUGGCUGGUUACCAAGCUUGUUGAGGAAGACUCGGAGCCCGAGGGGCUGGUGUUCUGGCCAGUCACCACACUCGUUGAGGAAGACAGGCCACUGCUAGGGAGAAUGGACGAAGAAGGGGCAAACGAGGCGAGUCGAUCGUUCGGGUUGGCGUCGAAAUACCCUGGGCACGUGUUCACUGGAUACUGUCAACUGUGCUGCUCGUUAUCUGAGUGGAAAAUGUACCGACCUGAUGCUUGCGUUAAGGAUAUAGCCGUACAAUUGGCUGGAAUCGGCGCCAGAAAAUAUGCCUGGAUGGCGCCCGUAGGGUCACUGCACAAAGAAGCAGUGCCGUUGACGAAAAGACUGUUCUGCCAUGAGAGUGUGCCUGCGGUCAAUUGCCAAGUUGUAGAGAUAUUGCCAACGUUGCCAGAGGGAGCAAAAAGUGCUGAUAUUACACCCGGAGAGCUGGAGUAA